UAUGUGUUGCAGGUACAAGUACCAGACGUGAUACGCUAAAUGUAAUUUGAGUGCGUGACUAAACACUGAAACUCGUGUGAUAUAAAUCUAUUUCUCUGAGGAAAUACAUCUCUCAUUACUCACGACUGCACGAGGGAAAGCUUGUAGAGAGAAACACGUGCUUGUAGCUGAUAGCUUGGAACAGGAGGACACCCGAUAAUGGAUGAUUUAGACAGACUAUUGGCCGACCUCGAGGCCUCCACCUCCCAGUUCAAGACCCCAAGUGGCAAACCAGGAGCCACGCCCAAUGACACCCACUCCACCACCCCAGCCCCACCGCCGACCAACGCCAAUCCCCAGUCCCCUCUGUCUCCGAUCUACUCAGAGAUCCCAGCCAAUGUGAACGGGAACUACCCCUCGCAACAGUCGGAGCCCUUGUACGAGGAGCAGCCGAACCGCCAGCUUCCCCCGGGCCAAGGUGUGGCCCACCUUUACGCCAAGCCCCACCAGCAGCAGGCGUUUGCCCAGCCCUCCCCACUCUACAACAGCAGCUAUCAGCCCCCGGGCCCCAGUGCGACCGCCCCAGGGCCUGGCAGCAGCAGCAGCAGCCAGGCACCUCCGCCCAAGCCGGCCCGGACGCGCCCUGCCCAGCAGCCCGCCACGGCCUACCCAUUCCCGGAAACGGCCGGCUACAGCAACCGGACGUACCAAGACGCCAAGAUGGACAACCUGUCUGAGCUGGACAGCCUGUUGGCAGAUCUGGAGAGUGCCCAGGUCAAAAUUCAAAAUGAACGUGCAAGGCAAGCCUCAGCCACGUCAUCUCAAUCGCACACGCCCCCUUCCCCGACCAAAGCCCCUGCCCCCGCGACAGCGCCCAAGCCCAAGAGACUCGAUGGACCAAGAUCGCCCACUGGCCCCGCUCCAGGCCCUCAGUACUCACAGCCUCCUCCUCCGGAGUCCGCUCAGCUUCACAUCAGUCAACCUCCCACCCGCAGUGCGUCAUCAGCUACCCAAGAGCUAGACGAACUCAUGGCCUCAUUAUCGGACUUCAAGGUGUCCAGCCCCCAGCCGGCUCCGGCUGCCGUCCGGGGCAGCAACGAACCCAGCUAUGCCAAGCCUUACCAGGUGACCACUGCUGCUCAGCCCUCCAAUCCGGCCCAGCCAGGCAAUGCCGCGCCAUCGGGCACUCAGCUGGACUCCAUGCUGGGCCACCUGAAGUCGGACGUCAGCCGGCAGGGCGUCAGCACGGUGGCCAAGGGCUACUGCGCCGCCUGUACCAAACAGAUCAUCGGACAGAUUGUGACAGCCUUGGGUCGGACGUGGCAUCCGGAGCACUUUGUCUGCUGUCACUGCGAGACGGAGCUGGGCGCCAAGAGCUUCUUUGAGCGGGACGGCAAGCCCUACUGCGAGACAGACUAUCAUAACAUCUUUGCCCCUCGCUGUGCCUACUGCGACGGCCCUAUACUAGAUAGUUGCGUGACGGCCCUGGACAAGACCUGGCACCCGGAGCACUUCUUCUGCGCCCAGUGCGGCCAGCCGUUCGGCGACAACGGCUUCCACGAGAACAAUAACAAGGUGUACUGUCGGGACGAUUACUUCAGCAUGUUUGCGCCCAAGUGCAGCGGCUGCCAGAAUGCCAUCAUGGACAACUACAUCACCGCCCUCAGUGGGCAUUGGCACCCGCAGUGCUUCGUCUGCUGGGAGUGCCGCCAGCCGUUCAAUGACGGCAGCUUCUUUGAACACGACGGCAUGCCCUACUGCGAGAUGCACUACCACGCCCGACGGGGCUCGCUGUGCUACGGCUGCCAAAAGCCCAUCACCGGCCGCUGCAUCACCGCCAUGCACAGGAAGUUCCACCCAGAGCACUUCAUCUGCGCCUUCUGCCUCAAGCAGUUGAAUAAGGGCACGUUCAAGGAGCAGAACGACAAGCCGUACUGCCACACCUGCUUCGUCAAACUCUUCAACUGAAGGGGGGAAGCAGAUGCGGGAGGCAGGCUUGAAAACUUUUUUUUUUUUUUUAAUGAAAGGUGGGUGGUUGCCCACGCAAGAUCUCCUCGUUGGAGAACAUGAGAAAAGUUGGGCACAUGAUUCCAGGUGCGUAGUCUGGGGACGUGUACUGUUAUUGGGUAACCAAACCCUGGCUGCAUCAUGAUGUCAGCCGUGAGGUUUGUGGCUCCCAGCUUUUGAAUUGUGGCAAUUAACAAAAAAAAAAGGAAAAAAAAAUAGGCACAGGGGAUUAUAAAAAAAGGAAAAAAGUCCACUUUUUUCUCUAGAAAUCCAAAACUUUCCCCACAGGGUGUACUUGAUAGUUAAAUAUGGAUAGGAACAGACUUCCACGAAUUCAUUAUACCAAGGGUAUUGCUGCAAGAAUGUAAUCACGUGUUACAUGUUCCCACAAGUUGUUUUUUUUUUAAAUUAGCACAGCACUUGCAUGUACCACUUGCACAAAAAUGUGCUUCACUUCCACGGCAAAUGUGAUCCCCACCACACCGAUACACUGUACUUUGUGAGACAUUCUCUGGAAGAGUUUGUGUUGUGGUGCUAAACUCAUUCUUAACUCAGCACAUAAUUUCACCAAAUGUUGUAAGCCUUUUUUUCUUUUCACCAAAGUACAAAGCAGUGGAUUUUAAAAAUGUAUGUGUGUGUGUGUGCGCGAAAGUAUCCGAAAGGUUGUCGGUUGUUUACAUUUUGGCCCAACUCCCUGGGACUUAUUUUCAUAAAUCCUUCAGUGUCUACCACUGUUGAUGAUAAAAUCUUUGUACUUGCACAUUAGGGCCUGUUCUGGAAAGUCUUUAAUCAAAAUACACGUACAAAACAACUUUAAAUGUGUGGAAUUCUGGUUAGUUGGGAAAAAUGCCCCCUCCCGCAUUAUUGGGAGUUCAUCUCAACCCCUAAUCUCCACCAAAUCCUCAAACUAUGUCAUGAAAAAGAAUUUCUGUCCAGUGGUUGAAAAGGAUGUAAGAAGUACUAACUGUGUUCGGUGUAGGUAGCUUCUGUAUAGAAAUCCUUUGGGGUUUUUGACUGCCAUUGGAAAGGGAGUUCAUCUCAACCCCAGAAUCUCCAUCAAAUCCUCAAAUUAUGUCAUGAAAAAGAAUUUCUGUCCAGUGGUUGAAAAGGAUGUAAGAAGUACUAACUGUGUUCGGUGUAGCUUCUGUAUAGAAAUCCUUUGGGUUUUUUGACUGCCAUUGGAAAAGUGUUGCAACCAAAACUUUUUCUCUUUCUAGAAAAACGGAGAGACUUCUCUUUGUUUAAAGCCCCAUUAAAUUGUAUGAGAGUAGUUUUCAGUAACAAGGCUGGAUCAAAAUUUCAUUGAAUUUUUUUAGAAAAUUCUUUUUUUUUUCACGAAAUUGCUGGGGAAAAUUGUAGGACUCUCCAAAACAAGAAUUAACAGUUUCCAAGCAUCCAACGCGUCAUUGAUAUUGUACAGAAAAUUUAAAUUCUAACGUACAAGUUUUUAUGUGCAACAUAAGGCAUUAAGUCCUUCAAGUCAUCAAAGUGUACUCACACUGUUUACUAACAUUUUUGUUUCACUCGCUCUACUAAUGAUACUUUGUUUAGACCUAAUCAUGCAAUGAUUUGUAUUAAUCAGUUUAAUUAACUAUGAAAAUUCUUAGCCCAUUUCAAAAAUAUUUUUGUAUAAUUAUGUAAAGUAUACAUUGUAUUUAAAUGUUCUGUUGAUUGCAAAAGUGCCUUUCAAAUUUUCUCUUAAAUUGUGCACUUGAGGCUAUGUGUUUGUCGUAUCUUGUGGGAGGAAGUGCUUUAACCAUUGAAUAGUCUGCUGCUGUAGUUACGAGCACUCAGCGAGAGCCAAUGAGAGUACUGCAUUAGGGCUGCUGCGCUGUAGUUGGCAAAAUAUUUUGCCAUAUAUAUGACAUGGCUGCACUGAAGUACAUGUACAUUUAGGCAAAUAGCAAUACAUGUACAUGUACCUUCAGAACAAGUGACAGUAACAUACUCGGUGAAUUAAUACAUGAGGGGUUCUUGUUUUUUUUCCUUUUUUUACAAUUUAAUGUGACUAUUCAGAGAGAACUUUGAAAGGGGAAAAAUUUCAAAUUUCUUGUUUUUUUUUUAAUUCUCAUCUCGAUGUGGAGUAACACAGUGAAAUGCCUUUUGAGUAAUUUGUCAUAACAUGCGUUAUUUUGUGUGGAAAAUGUGCAUAUCCUUUUGCUUUAUGCAUAUGCUUUUUAUGUGUAAUGCUGGUGUUGUGUCCUUUUUAAAAGGCAUACAUUCAUGUACAUGUAUGUUACGGAUAAAGCAUUCACAUUGUUCCUGUACCACAUACGACAAAACACCUACUUAUGGUGUACCUUAAUGGCCACAUUUUGGCACGUUCCCCAGUGAUAAUACGUUUGGCCAUUUAACGUAUUUUUACAUGUUAAUCAGCAUGCAGGCUAUAACUCGAAGGUAGACGAUAUUUUUCCAGUUCUUUUUUUGGCUGUUGAGGAAGAUAGAUUACACUUACACUUAAAAAAGGCUGCUCGCUGAGGCAUCUGCAUCGGAAAUGUCCAAGAAGUGGCCCAAAUCAUUUAAUGCCAUCAGGAAAAGACAUUUUGCCCUCAGAAGUUGCCAUCCUCUCAACAGGCAUGCAGCUUUUCCUCGGCUCAGCUGAUUUCCUCAUUUUUCACUUCACAUUCAUGCCAUUGAAACUUCAAAAGACACUGCACAUAGUCUUGUGAAGAUAAGAAUAUCCUCGUUUCUGUCAAAGUCCAAGUUGCAUGCCUGUCUUGAGGCCUGCUGAUCGCGUCAGUCAGCAGAAAAUCUUGUGCUUUGCAGCGCCCUUGAAAUGUUGCCUGGGUAUUAAACGAAAAGAUUUUCACCCUAAACACAAAUAGAACAAGCCGUUCUGUAUGUUGCGUAUUUUGCUUGUGGUUUGUUGUUGCAGAGAUAUAUGUGGUCAUGUGUGUUUUUAUCUUUAUACUAACUGCACCGAAAAGUACUUUGCGGCAUUGAAUGUCUGCCGGCAAAUUUUUCUGGUUGUAAAUAAAAAUAAAUCUGAUUUUAAGGUGCUGCUCUGUAUUACAAUUGUACAAGUAUAGGGUUAUUUUGUGGAAAAUUACAUUUCCAUGGGAUUUGAAUGACUGGGAAAGGUAUAGAUAGCAUAGAGUCCGAGUAGCAAUUAUUUGGAUAAUACUGAAAAUUAUCCUCAAGCCACUAGCCGGCCACUUCCAUAGUUAUAGCCAAGUGAAUGGGACGCCCCCCCCUCCCUGUAACAGUCUUGUGAAAUACAUCACAGGAUUGACGGCUUUUCUUUCCGUGCGCAGUUGUAAGACGGAGAAACAGUCUGUGAACCAACACUAAGCAGUUGAGAUUAUAUGAGUAGUUACAAUGUAGGCUGACGUUAAGGUGGUAGGCAGCCGUGUUACUCAGGCAGAGUCACAUAAACAAGUGGGGUAGCACUUGUAAAAAGUUACCAGAGUAAACAUUUUUGACACAACUUUUGUAACCAGACUACUUCAUCAGAUGCUGCGAAGGGAACAUAUUCAUGAAACCACAGACAUUGGUUGGUAACCCACUACAAGUGUUAUACCUUACCGCAUUCUUCCAUUCUUGGUACUCUGCUACAUGAAUAUUCAUUUGACAUUCACUACACUGUGGUUUUCAAACUGUAUUUUUACAGGUUGGUAUGUCAGGACUUCCAAAUUUUAUCAAAAUGUCUGGCUGACUCACUUCUCUAGAAUGGUAGUUAUUCCCGAAUUUCUAGUGACGAGCUUCAUUGGAAGACGGAUUGGUGUAAGAACAUUCGUACAACACUGUGAUCAACGUUUACCAAUUUCAAAAACUUGUUCGUCUGCACCGUAGCACUUGAUAUUUUUGCUUCACAUGAUUCUAGGAGUAUUGUAACAAUGUAAGGUUUAAUAUCCUGAAUAAGAUUUUGAGAUGAAAACUA